AUGGUGGCGAGCGGCGCGUGGGGCGCCGGCGGUGGCGGUGGUGGCGGUGGUGGCGGUGGCAGUGAUGUCGGUGGCGCGAUGGCGGCGGGACACGCGCGCGGUGCGCUGGCGCUGUCGCCUGUCAGCACUGUCAGUCCGUCCCGCCGCGUCGCGACACACGCUCGCACCGCCGUCGCGCACACCGCUCACGAGGAUAUGGCACGACCACGCAACGAUGAAGGAACGGGAGUGGGGGCUUGGGUACGGCGCUGGUGGCGCGCCCUGCUGGCAGAACUGGUGUCCACGGCGCUGCUGGUGUGGUUGGGCUGUGCGACGUUGGUGCCGAUAGCGGGGCCCACCUCCGUGCAGCUGACACAUCCUGCCUUCGCAUUCGGAUUUGUGGUUGUGGCAAAUAUUUGCGCGUUCGGAGCGGCGUCCGGUGCGCACAUGAAUCCCGCCGUGACACUGGCCGCGCUCAUCUACGGCCAGUUAGAAUGGUUGCCCGCCCUCACGUACGUGAUAGCCCAGUUAGUAGGCGCUGUGAUCGGUUUCGCCGGGCUUGUGGCGACUUCACCCGCCGAUGUAGUCUUUAACAAGACAGGCGUAACGUUGCCGGGUCCCGGAGUGUCACCGCUGGCCGCUGUAGCCACCGAGGCUGCCAUUACGGGCACGCUCGUAAUGACGGUGUGUGGGAUAUGGGCUGCACACGACCCACUGCGACCUGACUACUCUGCGCCGCUAAAGAUCGGGGUGGUCAUAGCCGGCUUAGUAUAUGUUGGGGGUCCUGCCACGGGUGCCAGUCUUAACCCUGCAAGAAGCUUCGGAGCAGCUUUGGUGCAAAACAUGUGGGAGUGUCACUGGGUGUACUGGGUGGGCCCACUGCUGGGCGGCGCGCUGGCGGCGCUGCUACACCGGUGGGUGCUGACGCCGAGCCGGUCGAGCGCUGCCGCCGCCGAGCCUCAAGAUGCAGAGAUACCGCUCAACGACAAACCUUAG